AUGCAGGAAAUUUUAUACGAGGUUAUCGAGAAAAGCGAAUCAUACAAAUUCAUCCGAAUGGCUGAUGAUCUUCACGAUGUGGCAUCAUAUCUUAAUGAUAUGCGUAUAUGCUUCAUUGCGUUAACAGUCACAGGAUACAUCGUUCUCAUCAUCUAUCUGUUUGUCUUCUGCUUCCGACGAAACCGGAGGAACCAGCCGCGACGUCGCUACGGAGAUUAUCAGUUGGAAUCUCAACGUGAGUUCAACAACACGCAGACAACCAACGAUGAUCUACAAACAACGGUGCGAAGUGAUGUGAACAGCAGCUACAUGGGCAGAAACCAUCACAGGUCACAUCAGAAUACGGCGCCAACGUUCAUGCGCCACGGGCACAUGAACCAUCAGCAGACGACACGACUCGUGGCGGACAACGACGGAUCGGCGGUGAAACACCAAAUACCACACAUUACAACGGAGGCGCCAACUGAGGAAAAAGCAAAAGUCCCCCAACUUGUCAAGGACUCCAUCGAUUCGUCUUGA